GCCCGCUGAGUUACUCCAGCACAUUGUCUCUCUCUCUGUCUGUCUCUCUUUCUCUGUCCUUGUGAAUAUCUGUCUGUCUCUCUCUCUGUCUGUUUGUCUUGUGUGUGUGUGUUUUGUCUGCCUCUCUGUGCUUGUGUGGCUCUCUCUGUCUCUCUUUCUGUCCUUGUGAAUAUCUGUAUCUCUCUCUCUCAGUGUCUGUUUGUCUGCCUCUCUGUGCUAGUCUGUCUGUCUCUCUUUGUUUGUCUGUCUUCUGUGUGUGUGUGUGUGUGUUUGUUUGUCUGCCUCUCUGUGCUAGUCUGUCUGUCUCUCUCUGUUUGACUCUUCUGUGUGUGUGUGUGUUUGUCUGCCUUUCUGUGUGCUUCUCUCUCUGUAUAUAGACACAAAAUGCUGGAGUAACUUAGUGGGUCAGGCAGCAUCUCUGGAGAGAAGGAAUGGGCGACAUUUCGGGUCGAGACCCUUCUUCAGACUCUAUGGCACUGUCUGUAUGUAUGUCUGUCUGUGUUUGUCUCUCUCUCUCUGCCUCUAGUUCUCUCUCUCUCUCUCUCUGCCUCUCUAGUUUCUCUCUCUCUCUCAAUUCAAAUUCAAUUAAAAAACUUUAUUGGCAUGAUUAAAAAAAACAUUGUUAUAUUGCCAAAGUAUAAAACAUGACAUACAUGUUUAAAAUGCAUAAGUAUAAAUACAAGUGUACAGUGCAUGGAUAGAUAUGUCCCUAUACAUAAACUUGCAAUAGGCCUAUAGCCCUUUGUUGAUGCUACACUUUCUUGCAGCUGUAAGCAGUACAACACAAUAGCAAGUUUAGCAAUUCAAUAUUCAUUUCUUAGCGUUAGUUAAUGUCGAUUAGUGUGUGCGUACAUAUGUGCAUGUUGGUCAUUCUCUGCCUCUCUCUCUCUCUCUCUCUCUCAAUGCCGAGUGUAAUGGGAGAUGAACUCUCGGCAGCAAUGCUCGUUCCCAUGGAAAUGCUAAAGGCGGAUUUGCGAGCGUCAUCGCGGAGGAGCAGCCCCAGCAACGUGCACGAAUGAGGGGGAGAGAGACCGGGCUGCAGACAUCCUCCACUGUCUCACUGCCAUCGCUGAUCAAACAUGGAGGGGAUGCCACUUGCCCAGGCAGAGGGGACGGAGGGGAGUCCCGACCGGCUGCCGAUGGAAGGUCAGCGUCCUGGCGGGGGGGAGGACUGGUGGCGAUGCCCCCCCGCCUCCCCCGUCGGCGGCCGGCUGGAGGUCGAGGGAGACGAGGAGCUGACCAGCUUGAACUGGCUGCAUGAGGGCAAGAACCUGCUUGGGGGCAUGAGGUUGGCUGGCGUGACCUCUGUCGAUCCACUGCCUGCCUCGGCUGGACCUGAGGAGAGCGACUCCUUAAACUGCCCGCUGUCCGUGGCUGUCGAGGAUACAUCCCUGCGGCAUCUGCCCGUGAAAGAGAUUUACAAGUGGAUCUUGCAGCAGUAUCCUUGUUUAAAGAGGACUCCUGGGGACUGGAGGAAAUCAAUGAGGCACAACAGGUCAUUCAGGAGAGCGCUGGAACACGGCAGGGAGGUUUUGGGUAAAGGCUCCUUCUGGUCCAUUGACACGGAAUCUGUAUCGGGUCUGCUGCAGGCCAUCAGGAAGAGAAGCCCACUGCUCUGCAGCCCCAGUCUCAGCACCACGGAUCUGCAGAACCCAUGCUACAACCAGCAUACAGAUGGACGAGGCCAGGACCAGCUCCCCGUCUCUGGUCUAGACAGCAACACAUCUGCACUUCAGGCCAGAUGCAACUGAUACGACCUCCAGUGGAGAGCAUGCCCAAACAAACAGCUGUGACCCAGCAUCUCGUCCAGUCUGGGCUGACGUCUGCCUGGCCAGACGGCCAGCGUCAAUCUCGAACGGUGACCACAACUACAGCUUGGCCGGGGGGCGUGGCGAGCGGCAGCUCCGGGUGUCGGCGCCAGACAGGACCGUGCCAGCCUGGGGCGGCGGUGACGACGGCAGCGAGGGAUUUGUCAGCGGCGGAGAGUCGGGGACGGAGGACGAGGGGGCUGAGGACUCGCUGGCAGACAGCGGCUACGUCCCGCUCGGCACCCGGACCCCCAGCGCCGCGGGGAGCGGACCCCGUCUCGAGGGGUGGGAUGCGCUGGGAAUCGACGAGGAGUUACGGGAGGUGGCGGGAAGCCUGCUCAACCUGGCUGGGAUCCAUCGCUGAAGGGGAGCCUGGAGAAUGGGGGGGGGCAGGAAGAAGAAUAGGCAGCUGUGAAUUCUCACCAUUUUAAGGAUAAGGGGCAAAUCUUUUACGACCGAGAUGAGGAAAACAUUUUUCACACACAGAGAGUGGUGAAUCUGUGGAAUUCUCUGCCACAGAAGGUAGUUGAGGCCACAGUUCAUUGGCUAUAUUUAACAGGGAGUUAGAUGUGGCCCUUGUGGCUAAAGGGAUCAGGGGGUAUGGAGAGAAGGCAGGUACAGGAUACUGAGUUGGAUGAUCAGCCAUGAUCAUAUUGAAUGGCGGUGCAGGCUCGAAGGGCCAAAUGGCCUCUACUCCUGCACCUAUUGUCUAUGUUUCUAUGUUUCUACCAUGCGGUAUCUCUGUAUCAAUAGCCGUCCCUCCCCCCAGCUCCCUGCAAGCCUGGACAACCACACCUGACUAGGAAGGUUCAACUCAAUACCCCACUAGACAAUGCUCCCACCCUCUUCUCCAUUGCACCAGGCAGCCCCAUCUUAUUCUUCCAACUGAAUCACAAACGGAGAAAUAUCUUAAACAUCUGCUGCCAUCCUCUUCCUUGACCAACCCCCUUCCUUCCAUCCACGGAUCUCGAGGAUGUUGCCAGGACUCGAGGGUGUGAGCUAUCGGGAGAAGUUGGGCAGGCUGAGAUUCUAUUCCUUGGAGCGCAGAAGGCUGAGGAGUGAUCCUACACAGCUGUAUAAAAUCAUUAGGGGAAUCGAUGAGAUGACGAGUCUUUUACUUAGGGGGUGAGGGAUUUAAAAACCAGAGGACAUAGGUUUAAAGUGAGAGGAUAAAGAUUUAAUAGGAACCUGAGGGGCAACUUUUUUACACAGUUAGUUUAGUUUAUUGUCACAUGGCUUUUGUGGGGUGCUAACCUGGCAGCUGAAAGAUAAUACAUGAUUGCAAUGGAGCCAUUGAUAUACGAUAAGGGAAUAACGUUUAGUGCAAGAUAAAGCCAGCCAAGUUUGAUCAAAGAUAGUCCAAGGGUCACCAAAGAGGUAGAUGGUAGUUCAGCACUGCUCUCUGGUUGUGGUAGGGUGGUUCAGUUGCCUGAUAACAGCUGCGAUGAAACUGUUCCUGAAUCUAGAGGUGGACAAAAAUGCUGGAGAAACUCAGUUCUUUCUUAAACCUUGAGUUGCACCACCA